AUGGCUAGAGAAGCCUCGGCUAAGCCAGAAGAAAGACAGGUCACCAUCCAGAGGGCAGGAUGGAAAAUGCCCACCCUCCUCACGUUGUUGCUCUUGCAAGCUGCAAAUGCACUGAAAGGCCCAAGGCUGGUGUCUGGGGGGCCUGGGGGAGCUGUCACCAUCCGUUGCCACUACAGCCCCUUGUCCAUCAACAAGCAUGUGAGGAAGUACUGGUGCCGCAUAAGCCCGGUGACACGGGUCUGCCACACCGUCGUGUCCACCACCAACUACACUCACCUCGGCUACCGCGGCCGCGUGGCCCUAGCAGACUACCCGCAGGGUGGCUUGUUUGUGGUGACGCUGUCCCAGCUGUCCCCGGAAGACGUGGGGCGCUAUCGCUGUGGCAUUGGCAACAGAAACAACGUGUUCUUCUUCAGCAUGAAUCUGAACGUCUCCACAGAUCCUUCCAGCACCAGCCCCUCAGCCACUCCGGCUACCAGUGAGCGCGUCAUGAGAUCCUCUGAAACGGCAUCACCAGCGCCCAACAGACAGACCUCAGGAGCCACCCAGACUGUAGAAGGACAGGGGACAGGAUGGGACAGAGUUGCUCUGCCUCCAGGAACCAACAAAACAAGAGCAUCAGCUGAGGGAAGGCAGACCCCAGGGACAACUGAGGCAGUAGCUGUAGGGACAGCCAGCCAGGGAGAGGGCUCUGUCUGGGCAACAGUCCCCAUUCCAGAGAGUCCGGCUUCAACAAUCCGAGGCAUAUCCGGUACGACAGAAGGUAUUUGGGUGUGGGACACCAGAGGCUCAAUAGCAAAUACAGCUAGGCCCAGCGAGGCAGGGAGGGAGAGAGCUACUGAGGCCGGUGGACCACCAGAAGAAACAGACUGGGUCAGAACAGCUCUGGAUGUCACUGGGAAGGUCCCAGGGACCGGUAGGCCAUCGACUCUGGUCUCAGGAAAAUGGGUGCAGGAAAUCCUGUCAGAAACAGCGACAACUGUGGCUCAGCCACAAGCCCUGGGCUCCAAUGAAGGAAGGAACCCAGCUGUGAGUGUGUGGACCCCGGGACCCACCAGCAUAGAGAUGGCGUCUGAGCAGGAAGCCAUCAAAGGGGACCUAGACAUGCCUGUUGGAGACAGCGAUCCCCAAGCCACACCAAGCCAGGCCCCAGCUGCUGGGUCCAUGAUGCCCAUGGGCAAGAGGUCCUCCAUGAUGAGUGCUUCUCCAGGAGAGAAAAACAUCUCUCGGAUCCUGAUUCCCGUUUCCACGGUGCUGUGCCCCCUGACCCUUGUGGCUUUUGGCCUAUUGCAAAAGAAGCUCUGGACAAAGGAGAUGACUCAGGAGACAGAGAGGGCAGCAGCGGUCACCUUGAUUCAGAUGACAUAUCUCCUGGAACCGAGCCUGCAGCCAGACCCGCUGCCCCACAUGGAAAGGAACAUGCUCCGGGAUGACUGUCCUCCCCAGGUCAGUCUGACUGUCCCAGAGACACAUCCCGGACCCCGAGGAAUGGAAGCAUAAGCUGCUCCAUCACCAUGCAAAGAGAACCAGGAUGAAGGACCAUAGCUUCAGCCUUUCCUCGUCUUUCCUCCGCCUGUACGAAGCAGAGCGAAUGGAGUGGGCACUCCUUCUGGGGAAGCAGAGGCUUCCCUUGGGCCACCCUUGGGCCCAGGAAGGUCAAGCAUUUCCCCCAGCCAAAGGUGAUGCAUGACUCAGAGAAGGCUUCAAGAAAGGUUUGAUUGAACCCUGGUGGAGGUCACCUGGGAAAGUGUGGAAUUUCCUUUC